UCCAAAAAAUGUAGGUAUGUGUGUCCGUUCAAUAAAAAAACAAUUAAACAGGGACACAUUGACAUGAUCACAAUUUAAAGAUUAUUCUUCGUUCAUACAAAAAAGAUGACCUGCAAAAACAACUGCACUGAGUAAAAUUUAAAGUGUGACUUUCAAGGAUUACCAUUUUUACUUUCGUAUAAAUGUUUUAUUUUAAGGUUAACGAUAGCUGACAAUGUGCAAGAUGAUAAGAUGCAUGUUCUCAGAAAUGUAAUCUUUGAAAAAUAUGUUGCGAACACGUAACUGCAAGUUGACAAGUGACACGGAGUCAAAAGGGACUGCAGGAAUCCUCUUGUGAUGUUCUUAUCACAUGACACAAGGUUGUGCACAAACAUACAUUUUAAUAAUAAAGGUCCUUUUUUAAGAAAACCCUUUGUUAAAAUCUACAAACAAUUAUAACACAUAGACAUGUUUUACUGUAAGCCCUACAAAAAAAGAAGAAUAUGAAUAAAAAUGUUAAUCAAAAUAUUUUUUGUAUAAACUUUAAAAUACAAUUUAACUUGAUAGAUACUGAAACUUUUUGCUACAGGUAUUUGACACCCUUAUAAUAUUUGCACAAAUUUGCCAUGCACGCCAACUAAAUUACCAAGGAAUAGUUGACCCGACAAAUCUGAACUGUCUGCUGUUUUUAUUAUGUGACCCUGGACCACAAAAUCAGUCUUAAGUAGCACAGGAAUUGUAUGGGUCAAAGUUACCUAUUUUUCUUUUAUGCCAAAAAUCAUUAGAAUAUUAAGGAAAGAUCGUGUUUCAUGAAAAAAAUUGGUGAAUUUCCUAUGGUAAAUAUUAAAAAUUGCGAAUAAUAUAUUAUGCUAAGGACUUAAUUUGAACGACUUUAAAGGAGAAUUUCUCAGUAUUUUGAUUUUUGGACCCUAUCAUUCCCCUCAGUUUUAAAUAAUUAUAUCUCUGCCAACAAUUGUCUGCCUAACAAAUCAUAUGUCAAUGGAAAGCUUGUGCAUUCAGCAGAUGUUUAAAUCUCAAUUUUGAAAUAUUGACCCAUUUGUUGUCCAGGGUCACAUAUACUGACAAUUGAAAGCCCAACGUGUCCGGCCUGCUUGAGAUACAAACUUGAAAUUCCAUACAUAGAUUUUUCUUCUUAUGGAGAACAAAUUUGCCUGUUGAACCUUGAUGUUUAUGUAACCAACAUAAAAUGUGUUACGAAAUGUAUAAAUAAACCACAUCAGUGAAUCCAACAGAUGUCGAGGUUUAAAAACAUAUCAGUAGACAUCUGUCAGAUGAUAUUCAACCACCAAAACAAAACUGUUUUAUAUAUAUAUAUUAGAAUGUGCAUUUUCAUUGGAGAAGCAUGUCUGACUAUUUGUCUCUGUGGAACACAAAAGAAGAUAUUUUGAGAAAUGCCUCAGUGGUUUUGUGUUUAUCCAAUGGAAGUAAACGGGUUUCAGUGUUGUUUGGUUAACAUCUUGGUUAAGAUCUUCUUUUGUAUUUUGUAGAAGAAAGAAAGAGAGACGGGUUAAACAUCACAUGAGGAUGAAUAAAUGAUGAAAGGAUUUUCAGCCGUAGCACAAACCAAACACCAGAGGCCACUGAUGCUUCUCUCACUAAUGUAAACCAUGCCAAGGCAGAACAGAAGCCAUCCCCUGGCAUAGGUAAGAAAAACCACAUAAACAGAUCACAUACGAUUAUUAAUUUCAUAAGAGGCCCAAAUGCCUCCUGAGACCAUUUACCAACCACACCUGGGUUUCUGUUGUCCAUGUGCACGCUAACAACGGCAUCAUUUGCAUGUCAGCAGACAUAUUUAAGAGCCAGUCUUGGGGGGGAUCACUUCCAUAUUGAGAUGAAACAGCAAAUAUCUGAAGAACCAUGAAUAACUCUUCGAAAUGCUGCGCUUUCGACGCACCCAUCUUGGAUCAAGUUCUACCCCCUAUUCUAUUCACAGAAUUCAUUUUUGGCCUUAUGGGAAACGUCCUCGCCCUCGCAAUGUUCUUCUAUCACAGGGACACCUGGAAGCCCAAUUCUGUUUAUCUAGCCCACCUGGCCGUGGCGGAUGCGCUGGUCCUCUUCUGUCUGCCUUUUAGGGCUGACUACUACCGCAGAGGGAAGGACUGGGUGUACGGAGACGCUUUCUGUCGCAUUCUUCUCUUUCUCUUGGCCGCAAACAGGGCUGCUGGAAUAUUCUUCCUCACUGCCGUCGCCGUGGACCGCUACUUAAAGAUCGUCCACCCUCACAACCGCAUCAAUCGAAUGGGUCUGCGGUAUGCCUCCUGGGUCUCUUUCGGUCUGUGGACUCUUAUUGUAGCCAUGACCGCCUACCUCUUAACAGACCCACAUUUCUACUUUCAAAACAACCGCACACAGUGUGAGAGUUUCAACAUCUGUUUGGGACAUAAUUCACUGUCCGACUGGCACAAUUCGUUCUACGUUAUCCAGUUCUUUCUGCCAACUGGCAUUGUUACCUACUGCACGACCUGCAUCACGUGGCAGUUGAAGAGCAAGACGGUGGACACCCAGGGUAAAAUCAAGAGAGCCGUCCAGUUUGUCUUGGCAGUGGCGUUGGUUUUUAUUAUAUGUUUCUUCCCCAGCAAUGUCUCACGUAUUGCCGUGUGGGUCCUCAAGUCUUGGUAUAGCGAGUGCCAUUAUUUCGAAGACGCAAAUGUGGCAUUUUACACCACCGUCUGCUUCACUUACUUUAACAGCGUGCUCAACCCCAUAGUUUAUUACUUUUCCAGCCCUGCUUUCAGCGGAUCCAUCAAUAAGCUCUGCAUGAAACUCCUAGGAAAGAAAAUAGACGAUGAAGACAAUAGUUGUGCUACAGUAUCAACAAAGGUCUCUUAG